ACACUCGUCGUCGCCUAGAGUCCUUCCCCAACCCAAAUUCAGCCCCAACAUGGGGUCCGGUGCACUAAACAUAUACAAAGUCGGCUAUGUCACCAUCCAUCCUAUCGGCAAGAGACCCUACAAGCUCUCGCACUCACGAGUCAAUCUCGAGGUAGACGGAAGGAAGGAGGCUACGGCAAAGAUUGCUGUUGCAGUCAGAGAUCAACUCUUCUCUGUCAAGUUGAAUCUCAGCCAAUUAUUCCCCAAAGAAUCCUUACGGGACCCACAACCUCCCCGCUCAAUCGUCAUCGCUCGCAAUAGGGCGCAACCUGUCCUUGAAGACUGCCAUGAUCUCGUAGCUGAGCUUGAAGUUGACGGCAAAACUGUUGCAUGUGAUGCCUUUCAACGAAACAAUACGGUGCAACCACACCAUUCAUGGACAGAGAUGGAGGAUGGCAAUCCUUUCCGCUUCAAAGAGGAAGGCGAGAUCACGGUGACCUUGUUUCGGGUUCUGCUUGGGCGGUGCUAUGAAGCGAGAAACCACCGCUUUGGGGAGCACGAGAUCAUUGCGCAGUACGACGAUGAUGACGAGCCUUGGUGUAGCUUCAAGUUCUCCUAUGAGACUCAUCCGUUACGGGGACAUGGAGCUGGAGAACAAGCCGAGGUGGAUCAAGCCGAGAACGAGAGGCGAGAAAGGAUCGAACGAGAAGGAGCCGAGCAACAAGCUGAGAAUCAGAGGGCUCAUGACAACAGACUCGAGGCCGAACGACUCGCCGCCGUACAAGCCGAGCGGGAACGAGCCGAACAGGAGAGAGUCGGACGCCAGAGGGCAGCUGAAAGACUCGAGGAGAACGAUCGACUUGAGCGACUCGCGGAUGCGCGACGCCAGCUCGAGGAGGAUGAGCGAACGGUGCAGAGAGAGCGAGAACGUCUGCGGAUUGAUCGGGAGUUGCUCGAGAUUGGACGAGCUCGCCUACGCAUCGAUAGCGACCGAGAACGACUCGAGCGGGAACGCGCCGAGUUUGAACGGGAUCGGCUCGCUCUUGAACGGGAACGGGAAGCGAGUCGUAGGCGUCAUCGGGCAAAAGUUGAGGUGGACGGGUCGCCUGAGAGACGUCGACGUCAAGCGUCUCGGGUUGACGCCGUCGACCUUGUAGUGGUGGAUUCUGAUUGAUGACGGGAGGGCGUCCUCGAUGGAACGAUAACGACUUGACGACCGGAUACGAUCACGUUUUCUCAGUGUCCAAUAUAAUUUUGU